GAAACAUUUAUCAUGCACACACAACUCCAACGGCACGUCACAUCUUCAUAAUGGCGAACCCAGAGAUGGAGUCUGUAAGAACUAGUAUUGUUGACCCAGUAAAGGGUCUCCUUCUCGAUUAUUUAAUGCCCGAAUCAUGCUACGACGAGUUUUUCCUUGAUUUUAAUUUUCUGGAUGUGCCAUGUCUGAAGAUUGUCCUGAGCAAAGGCCUAGGGAUUGGGAUCAUCCUGGGGUCUGUGAUGGUGAAGUUGCCCCAGAUCCUGAAGCUGAUGGGGGCUAAGAGUGCUGAGGGUCUGAGCUUCCAGACUGUUCUGCUGGAGCUUCUGGCCAUCACCGGCACCAUGGCCUACAGCAUCGCCAACAACUUCCCCUUCAGUGCCUGGGGCGAGGCUCUCUUCCUCAUGCUGCAGACGGUGAUGAUCGGCUUCCUCAUCCAGCACUACGGCGGCAACUCGCUCCGAGGGGCGCUCUUCCUGAUCGUCUACUUUGGCCUGCUGUUCCUCGCGCUCUCCCCCGUCACGCCCGCGUCCGUGGUCACCGCCAUGCAGGCCUCCAACAUGCCCGCCAUCGUCGUCGGCCGGCUGAUCCAGGCGGUUACUAACUUCCGUAACGGACACACAGGGCAGCUGUCGGCCAUCUCUAUCUUCAUGCUGUUCGCUGGCUCCCUCGCUCGCAUCUUCACCACCAUCCAGGAAACGGGAGACUCCCUGAUGGCCGUCACCUACAUCAUAUCCUCUUCCUGUAACGGCAUCAUCGCGGCCCAGGUGCUGUACUACUGGAACAGCGUCCCAGGACAGAAGAAGAAGAAGGAUUAGGCAGGCCAGGUGGACGUUCACACCUAGGGCACAUCUCCACAGACUUCCUGUCUCCUAAACAACUAGUACACAACUCACCAGGACCAGUGUGCGGUUUAGGAUUACAAG